ACCAACUUUGAGUCUCUGUUCCGUUCCUUCGACCCAGAGGUGCAGUUCCACUACUUCCGGUCUUUCCGGCGGGUUCGGAUCAGCUUCAGUGAUGCCCUGGCUGCUGCUGAGGCCAGACUCCGGCUGCACAAGACUGAAUUUAAUGGCAAAGAGAUGAGACUCUACUUUGCUCAGUCUGUCCACAUCGGAAGUCCUCGUCUGGAGCCUCCCAAACCAGACAAGCAGUUCCUCAUCUCUCCUCCUGCCUCUCCUCCUGUCGGCUGGGAGCAGUCCAACGAUGCUACGCCGGUCAUCAACUACGACCUGCUGUGCGCCAUCUCCAAACUAGGGCCAGGAGAGAAGUACGAGCUGCACACGGCCACGCCCACCACACCCAGCGUGGUGGUCCACGUCUGUGAGGACGAGCACGGCGACAGCUCGGCGCCCGACGACAGUGACCAGGACGAGAAGCCCCGCCCCCUGCGGCAGAAGAUCGUCCAGACUCGACGCCCCGACUACACGCCCGGAGCGGAGCAGUGAAACGGAGGAAGGACGAGGUGGCGCGUCGAGCCAACCUGAAGUUUUUGAUCAGGAGAGAUUCUGAGAUGGAGGAUUUUUGCGAAGCCGUCUGCGGACGCUGGGACGUCCUGUCGACGACAAGAACAGGAAGUGAAACACAUGAUGAUGUAUUCAUGUCCUGUGGAAAAAAAAACACGUCAUGUAAACUUCCUACAGGAAGAAAACGAUAAUAUUUAGUGUUUGUGAGUUUGAGAGUAAUAUUAAUGUAAAUGUAAAAAGCUAACAGUUUAAAUUGUUUUUGUCGGUCAGAAACGACGAACAGUGAAAGCAUCGCAUUCAGACAAUUCGYUUCUUUAUUUUCCUACAUGACAUGAAUGCAUCAUUAGUCAGGUGACUCCUGUGUGAGCUGUCCUCGUGAAAAGUUUAGUACAAUCAGGAGAACUUUUGAAAAGUGUCGAUGUUAGACGUUAUGACACAACUGUUACUGCUUAAGGUGCGACAUAUGCAGAUAUGUAGAAGCUGAGGAGCUUCAUGCAAAACCGCCGACGCUUUGUCUCGUCGUCAUGUCGACUGCUGUCACUAAAACAUGGAGGGGCACGCACAUCAAGUCCACCCACUUUCAUUUCUAGGGUGUAUUUCUUCGAGACUAAAUAAAAAAUGGUCUUGUUUUACCAGUUUCUAGUAA